AUGAGGCUGCGGCCUUUGUUUUCCUCCCAAUUGCGUAUCCCUUUCUCCCGAACCGUGCAGAGAGAGGUCGGUAGCAGGCUAUCGAUCUGGCGACUCGCGACUCCAAGUCGAAACUCAUCGUCCUCGGCUGCCACAUCGCAUGCGAGAAAUACUAUGCGACGAGUACCCCCGGAACGUAUCCUGGUCUACCAUGCUGGGACCAAGAGAAUAAAUUUCAUCGGAGCCAUGCGGAUCACGACAAUCUUGCUAUUUGGAACAACUUGUGUGCUUAUUGCCCCAGCCAUGGAUGCUAAGGGUGAAGAGAGGUGGAAAACUGGCACUAUCAUCGCUGGCAGUGCCAUUCCCAUGUUGUUCGUUGCCUUCGUCGCCGCUCCUUAUGUGAACUUCAUACACCUCAGCCUUCCGGUAUUUGCUCGACAAUCGCGGGAACAUGCCCUCCAAUAUGCACUAAAUCCUCCCCCGACGGCAACCCUCUGGAUCAAUACCAUGAAAUUCUCGGCUGGCCCGCGCCUCACGAAGGUGCGAUUGGCGGACCUGGGCCCUCACAAGUCUGGCUUCCCACCAGUGAAUUUUUCGCUCCGCUUUCAAAGACAGCCCGCUACUACCAUCAACAGCAUCUUUGAUCAGACUAAGUUCUUCGCUGAGCCGCAGUGUCCGCCAGGACCACCCGCAAGGGCCUUUUACCCCCAGGCCUGGGAGACCAUGUUCAAGAAUAUCCAGAGUCAACGCCCGGGGUACCGGAAAAACGUAAAGUCAGAAAUAUGA